AUGGAGCGCUGCGGUCGACUCACAUACGAGCGUCUCAUCAACAGUCUCGGACAGCUCUACGGAGCAGUUGGUGCCCAAUUGCCCGAUCUCAAAGAUGCUGGACGUGUUCAGGAUCUUCAGCAAGUCAUCAGUGACGCGCUCACAACUGCUCGCACUGGCAUGCGCGGCGCGCUCGUUGCAUCUCCUGCGCAGCUAAAACGAAAAGUCAAGGCGCAAAUCGCAGAUAUUCAUGAGCGACACGAUACCAUCGAUGAGGCUGAAGCACAUGCCCAAGACGAUACCCGAGCCACGUUCAGUUCGUCAACAGCCACUGGCAACGCAAACCCGUCACUCUCCCAGCAGACUCCAGCAUCGAAGCGCACCCGCGGCGUCCGCGACAGCAGUAAGGAAAACGCCGUGCCCCCGGCAGCGCCAUCUCCAGAGCCAACUUCCCGCAGACUUUCAGCCAUCAGGAAGACAACCAUCACCAAGCGCGUUACAAGCACCAAGUCUCCCACCACCGCAGGCAUCAAGAAGCGUCCGACCCGCACCACGCGCUCCAAGGCCGCACCUCAGAAUGUGACCGCCACACCUCUACCCUUCACAGAAGAAGACGAUCGCCGCGCCGCUGCAUCUGCACUCCUAGUUCUCUCAGAGCACAGUCCAGAGACCUCUUUCGCUCCCUUCACCUCCCCACUGAGCGGCACCACCCCAUCGACAGCCAGCAGCAAGAAGCGCACCCACUCCAUCUACGAAGACAACACAUCAUCGCCCUACACUCCUCCGUCUCAGGACCUCCCACGCAGCUCUCCGCCGCCGAAGAGGCACAUACUGGCCCCUGCACGCUACGCACCAGUCCCAGUGCUUGCGCACGGACUGAGUGUUCCAGAGGCUUUCGCGCUGGGUGUUGAGUAUGUGGUGCAGCACUUCUCUUCCAGCGAGGGAGCGGAGGGCGAGACUAUGCGGGUGUGGGUUGAGGAUCAGCUGGGGUUGCGGAACCCUGCGCGAUCCGAUGAUCCUGUGGGCAUGGGUCUCAGUGGCGUGACGACGGUUCAUGGUGUGCGGAUGGGACGCCGUGGGGGCGGUGCCAGGAACGCAUUUUGGGAUGUUGUUUGA